AUGCUAUUGCUAUCACAUUUCUUCCUGCUGAUUGAUGCAAUACCAUCAGCAAGAGCAGCAGAAAAAAAAGAAGAAGAUGCAGCAGCAGCAACAGCAGCAGCAACAGUAGAUGAAGCCCUACCUUCCUGCCCAUUGUGCCAUGUUUUAUUAGGAAUUGAUAGCCAGCCAUCAGAGCAACAGAUGACACAAACGAAUCCUGUUGAAGUCGUUGAUGUUUCAUACAAUUCAUUGACAGACCCAUUACUACCUCCAAUACCGGAAUUUCAAAGUUCCAACAAGGAAAGAUCAAAAACUUCAGAAACCAAUGGACAACCUGUUGAUCAACGUGUUCGUGACGUUGAACGUAUGAUGGAGAAACUAUCAUCGUUAUCAGACCUACUUGAUCGAAUUGUUGAAAAAGUCAAAAAGUAUGAACGAAGGAGAAAAAUUUCAAAUUCAAAUAAACAACAUGUUGAUGAAGGAGAUUGGAUAAAUAACUUUGAUUACCCAAUUAGCUUAACAGACGACUUCCUGAUUGCGACAACAGAAAAAUCAAACAACGUUGUUGAUGAUCAUCCCACUCAAUCGGACGAAAAGAAAAUUAUCAAUACGGAUCGCUUUAGUUUAAAUCAGUUACCUCAACUAUCAUCAGCAAAGACUAUGAGUCAAUCAUCACAACGAGGUGCAAAGAUAUAUUUCUAUGAUAGUCUCAAGUUUGCGCCAAAUGAGAAGAUCAAAAAUAAUUUUGAUUUUCUGAGAAUAUUCUAA